AUGCAUGUCAUUAACCUUAAUCCACAAGUGACUUAUGCUAUCCUCUGUGCAGUCAUGGCAGCACCAGAAGGAUCGCAAUAUGAUGCAAAGCAAUAUGAUGCCAAAAUGAAUGAUUUGCUCACAAAUGAUGCACAAGAUUUCUUCACAAUGUAUGAGGAGGUUUUUGAGACCUUUGAUUCGAUGGAAUUGCAAGAGAACCUUCUGAGGGGCAUCUAUGCCUAUGGUUUUGAGAAGCCAUCUGCCAUCCAACAAAGAGGAAUCGUUCCAUUCUGCAAGGGCCUUGAUGUGAUUCAGCAGGCUCAGUCUGGAACUGGGAAAACAGCAACUUUCUGCUCUGGCAUUCUCCAGCAGCUUGAUUAUGGCCUAGUGCAAUGUCAAGCAUUGGUCCUGGCUCCCACUAGGGAACUGGCACAACAGAUUGAAAAGGUUAUGCGAGCACUUGGUGAUUACCUUGGUGUCAAAGUUCAUGCUUGUGUUGGUGGCACAAGUGUUCGUGAGGACCAACGCAUUCUGCAAGCUGGUGUUCAUGUUGUUGUUGGCACACCUGGUCGUGUGUUUGACAUGUUAAGACGGCAGUCACUUCGUCCAGAUUACAUUAAAAUGUUUGUCUUGGAUGAGGCUGAUGAAAUGCUUUCCCGUGGUUUUAAGGAUCAGAUCUAUGAUAUUUUCCAGUUGUUGCCAUCUAAAGUUCAAGUUGGUGUGUUCUCUGCUACUAUGCCUCCUGAAGCUCUUGAAAUCACAAGGAAGUUCAUGAACAAGCCUGUGAGGAUCUUGGUUAAGCGUGAUGAACUUACCCUUGAAGGUAUCAAGCAGUUUUAUGUCAAUGUCGAUAAGGAGGAGUGGAAACUCGAAACACUCUGUGAUCUAUACGAGACCCUAGCCAUCACCCAGAGUGUUAUUUUUGUCAACACACGACGCAAGGUUGACUGGCUGACAGACAAGAUGCGAAGCCGAGACCACACAGUCUCGGCUACACAUGGAGAUAUGGAUCAGAACACUCGUGAUAUCAUCAUGCGAGAAUUCCGGUCCGGCUCUUCUCGUGUUCUCAUCACAACCGAUCUCCUGGCUCGUGGUAUUGAUGUGCAGCAAGUGUCCCUUGUCAUAAAUUAUGAUCUGCCGACUCAACCUGAAAACUACCUUCACCGAAUUGGACGAAGUGGACGGUUUGGAAGAAAGGGUGUGGCUAUUAACUUUGUGACAAGGGAUGAUGACAGGAUGCUGUUUGACAUCCAGAAGUUUUAUAACGUCGUCAUCGAGGAGCUGCCAUCGAAUGUGGCUGAUCUCCUGUGA